UAGAAGUCUAGCAGCCAUGCUUGAAAAGGACACAAGAAGUCUGCCAUAUUGAUUUGAAAUGGAAAUUUCAUGGCCAAUUUGGCCAUUUGCAGAGGGCUUUCAAAUUUGUUGGGUUCAGUAGUGCCUCAGCGUUUUGUUAAAAGCCAAAGCCAGUUUUACUUAGCAACAUGACAUUUUGUGGACAUGUCUAUCAUGAUUAGACACACAAAAAAGUCUCAAGAACCCAUGCUGAAAAAUGGACAGAAAGUCAAUGGUAGUGCCAUUUUUGCGUCGAAGCAACAAUUAUAGUAUCAUUUUGGCAUUGAAGCUUCAAUUGUUAUUUUCAUUACUUUGAUGACUGGCCUUUGUCAAUGUGUAUGAAUGAUGCUACACACAAGAGCAAGUGUUGUUUGUUUCCUUAACCGAAGCUCCACUCCUUUUGAAUGGAUGAUCCUCACCACAAUCAUUGCAAACUGCAUCGUGCUGGCACUGGAGCAGCACCUGCCCGACGGUGACAAGACGCCUCUAUCCGAGCGCCUGGAGGACACGGAGCCCUACUUCAUCGCCAUCUUCUGCUUCGAGUCAGGAAUCAAGAUCCUGGCGCUGGGCUUCGCGCUGCACAAGGGCUCGUACCUGCGCAACGGCUGGAACGUCAUGGACUUUGUGGUCGUGCUCACUGGUAUAUUAUCAUCGGCGCGCUCUCACAUUGACCUGAGGACGCUCAGAGCCGUCCGGGUGCUGCGACCUCUCAAACUGGUGUCGGGGAUUCCGAGCCUGCAGGUGGUGCUCAAGUCCAUCAUGAAGGCCAUGAUCCCGCUGCUGCAGAUCGGCCUGCUGCUGUUCGUGGCCAUUCUCAUGUUCGCCAUCAUCGGCCUGGAGUUCUACAUGGGAAAGUUCCACACCACCUGCUAUGAUGACAUUACGGGUGAGAUCGUGGACAAGGUUCCGUGCGGCGCCAAGUUGCCGUCCAGGAUGUGCCCCAACGGCACCACGUGUCGGGACGGCUGGAUCGGGCCCAACUUCGGCAUCACGCAGUUUGACAACAUCAUGUUCGCCGUACUCACAGUCUUCCAGUGUAUCACCAUGGAGGGCUGGACCGACAUGCUCUACUACAGUAACGACGUGGAGGGCAGCGCAUGGAACUGGAUGUACUACAUCCCUCUCAUCAUCAUCGGCUCCUUCUUUAUGCUCAACCUUGUGUUGGGCGUCCUCUCAGGUGAGUUUGCCAAAGAGCGAGAACGCGUGGAGAACCGGAGCGAGUUCCUCAAGCUCCGGCGACAGCAGCAGAUUGAACGUGAGCUCAAUGGCUACCUGGAGUGGAUCUGCAAAGCAGAGGAGGUGAUCCUGGCCGAGGAGGACGGCACAGGGAAUUUUGAUGGUUCCCGGCGACGGCCGACCAUUAAGACCAAGAACAACAAGACGGAGCUGCUCCACACAGAGGAAGGCGAGGACAGCAUGGGAGAUGCUAUCGGGUUCGCCCGCUCCAGCAUCAAGAGCGGCAAGGACGGCACCAGCUACAGCAAGAAGGAAAAACGGCUGCGCUUCUUCAUCCGCAAGAUGGUCAAGACGCAAGCCUUUUACUGGACCGUUCUGUGCCUGGUGGGCCUCAACACCAUGUGUGUGGCGGCCGUGCACUACAACCAGCCCGAGCUGCUCUCGGACUUCCUGUUCUAUGCAGAGUUUAUUUUCCUGGGUUUGUUCAUGUCUGAGAUGCUGAUCAAGAUGUACGGUCUUGGCAUUCAGCCCUACUUCCACUCCUCCUUCAACUGCUUUGAUUGUGUGGUGAUCGUGGGCAGCAUCUUUGAGGUAGUUUGGGCCACCAUCAAGCCGGGCACGUCUUUUGGGAUCAGCGUCUUGCGAGCGCUAAGACUUCUGAGAAUCUUCAAGGUCACCAAGUACUGGGCUCCUCUGCGCAACCUGGUGGUGUCUCUGCUCAACUCCAUGAAGUCCAUCGUCAGCUUGCUCUUCCUCCUCUUCCUCUUCAUCGUGGUCUUCGCUCUGUUGGGCAUGCAGCUCUUUGGCGGACAGUUCAACUUUGAGGACGGGACGCCGCCCACCAACUUUGACACUUUUGCAGCAGCCAUCAUGACAGUGUUUCAGAUCUUGACGGGAGAGGACUGGAACAUGGUCAUGUACAAUGGCAUCGAGUCUCAAGGGGGCGUCAAUGACAAGGGGAUGGUCUUCUCCAUUUUCUUCAUCGUCCUCACCCUCUUCGGCAACUACACACUGCUCAACGUCUUCUUGGCCAUCGCUGUGGACAACCUUGCCAACGCCCAGGAGCUCACCAAGGAUGAGGAGGAGCAAGAGGAGGCGGCCAAUCAGAAGACUGCGCUGCAGAAGGCCAAGGAGGUGGCUGAAGUCAGCCCGCUUUCGGCCGCCAACCUCUCCAUUGCUGCUAAGGAGCAGCAGAGGAAUCACGUCAAGGUGGGCAACAAGUCGGUGUGGGAGCAGCGUACCAGUGAGAUCCGCCGGCAUAACCUGAUGACCAGUCGAGAGGUUCUCUACAACGAGCUGGAGCAGGACGACUGGAAGAUGGGAGACGAGGGAGAGGAGGUGUCGUACCCGCAGAAAGGCCGUGGCGACAUGAACACCCACUUGGACCGUCCGCUUGUGGUCAACCCGCAGGACAACCGCAACAACAACACCAACAAGACGGCUCCUGGCCAACUGCCCCUGGACCAGGAGUACCAGCGGCAGGACCUGGACCACAGCCAAUGCGCUUCCCACCACCACCGUCACCAUUACCACCACCACCAUCACCACCAGAGGGCUGACACAGUGGAACCGCCUGGCUGGGACCAACAGGGGGCAGGGGGCGAUGCGGACCAAGAGGCCAGCAACCAAGAGGGGCGGUCGGCGGAGGAAAGGCACAGCCACAGGAGCCACCGGGGGCAUCGGCACAGGAACAGGGAGUGCCGAGAGGGUCGGGAUGCUUGCAGCUCAUCCCCUCGCCACACCAAUGCAGCCGAGGGCAACAAUGAGCACCGUAGAGCCAGGCAUCACUGCAAGGCCGCCAGGGAGGGUGAGCCCGGGAGGAGGCACAGGUCCAAGGGAGCCGAAGAGGAUGGAGACAAAGGCGAAGACGGGGAGGGUCGGAAGACCAGGCGUCAUCGUCACGGGAAUCAGGAUAGAAGCAGAGGACAUCACUCUAGAAAGGAGCCACACAGCGCUGGUCCCAGCCUGUCCACCGCGCGACCCAUACAGCAACACAACGAGGACCUGGACAACUUGCGCAACAACAGCAAGUUGGCCAGUCGGCCUUAUGACCUGCCGCCACCAGAUGACCCGGACCACGUCAACAACUUGCUGAACUGCUGUAACGCUGACACCCACACCUUCCUGCACAGCAUGGACAGUCUGAUCCUGAGCAGCAUGGCCAAACCUGACUAUACCAGCAUUGACAUGCCGCCCGUCUACCCGUAUCCCUCAACCAAUGCCAUCCUGCAAGUGAACAAGAAUGCAAACACAGACCAGAAGAAGGAGGAGAAGAAGGAGAACGACGACGACGAGGGAGACGAGGAUGGACCCAAGCCCAUGCCCCCCUACAGCUCUUGCUUCAUCAUGUCUACCACCAACCCUUUCAGGAAGUGCUGCCACUACAUCCUCACCCUCAAAUACUUUGAGUUUAGCAUCCUGUCCGUCAUCGCCAUGAGUAGCAUCGCGCUCGCAGCGGAAGACCCGGUGUGGCCAGACUCGCCGCAAAAUAACGUGCUGCGCUACUUUGACUAUGUCUUCACUGGUGUCUUCACUUUUGAAAUGCUCAUCAAGAUGGUAGUGCUGGGCCUGUUCCUCCACCAAGGCUCCUAUUUCCGCGACCUGUGGAACAUUCUAGACUUUAUAGUGGUUAGUGGUGCUCUGGUGGCCUUCGCCUUCACGGGGAGCAGUAAGGGCAAAGACAUCAGCACCAUUAAGUCACUGCGAGUGCUGCGGGUUCUGCGUCCUCUCAAGACCAUCAAAAGACUCCCCAAGCUCAAGGCCGUGUUUGACUGCGUGGUGAACUCUCUGAAGAACGUCCUGAACAUCCUUAUUGUCUACAUGCUCUUCAUGUUCAUCUUCGCCGUGGUGGCCGUGCAGCUGUUCAAGGGUCGCUUCUUCUACUGCACGGAUGUGUCCAAAGAAUUUGAGCGCGACUGCAGGGGUGAGUUUCUGAUGUACGAGAAGGAUGAGGUUAAAGCUCAGAAGCGGGAGUGGAAGAAGUACAAUUUUCACUACGACAACGUGGCUUGGGCCCUGCUUACCCUCUUCACUGUCUCCACUGGAGAAGGGUGGCCGCAGGUCUUAAAGGCCUCUGUGGACUCCACUUAUGAGAACCAGGGCCCCAGCCCGGGUUACCGGAUGGAGAUGUCCAUCUUUUACGUGGUGUACUUUGUUGUCUUCCCCUUCUUCUUCGUCAACAUCUUUGUGGCUCUCAUCAUCAUCACCUUCCAGGAACAGGGAGAUAAGAUGAUGGAGGACUAUAGCUUAGAGAAGAAUGAGAGAGCCUGCAUCGAUUUCGCCAUCAACGCCAAGCCCCUGACGCGCCACAUGCCCAAGAACAAGCUGAGCUUCCAAUAUCGCAUGUGGCAGUUUGUGGUGUCGCCCCCCUUCGAGUACAGUAUCAUGGCUCUCAUUGCGCUCAACACCAUCGUCCUCAUGAUGAAGUUUGAUGGCGCCUCGCCGACGUACGAUGUGGUCCUGAAGAACCUCAAUAUUGUCUUUACCACUUUCUUCUUCAUGGAGUCCAUCCUGAAGAUCAUCGCUUUCGGCCCUCUGAAUUACUUCAGAGACGCCUGGAACAUUUUUGACUUUGUCUCUGUGCUGGGAAGCAUCACCGACAUUUUGGUGACGGAAGUAGGGGACAAUUUCAUCAACUUGAGUUUUCUGCGCCUGUUCCGCGCCGCUCGCCUCAUCAAGCUCCUGCGUCAAGGCGAAACCAUUCGCAUCCUUCUGUGGACCUUCGUGCAGUCCUUCAAGGCUUUGCCGUACGUGUGCCUGCUCAUCGCCAUGCUCUUCUUCAUCUACGCCAUCAUUGGCAUGCAGUUGUUUGGCAACCUGUCACUGGAGCAGGAGGGCGACAGUGCCAUCGACCAUCACAACAACUUCAGAACCUUCGUCAUGGCCCUCAUGUUGCUCUUCAGGAGCGCCACGGGCGAGGCCUGGCAUGACAUCAUGCUGUCAUGUCUGGGAGGCAAAGAGUGUGAUCCGGCCUCUGGCAACACCGAGCCCGAAUGCGGCAGCACCUUCGCUUACACCUACUUUGUCUCCUUCAUCUUCCUGUGUUCCUUCCUGAUGCUCAAUCUGUUCGUGGCCGUCAUCAUGGACAACUUCGAGUACCUGACAAGAGAUUCAUCCAUCCUGGGGCCGCACCACCUGGACGAGUACGUAAGGAUUUGGGCAGAGUACGACCCCGCCGCCUGCGGGCGCAUACAUUAUAAGGAUAUGUACAGUUUAUUGCGAGUUAUCUCCCCUCCCCUGGGCCUUGGCAAGAAAUGCCCGCAUAGGGUGGCCUGCAAGAGGCUGCUACGUAUGGACCUGCCCGUGGCCGACGACAACACGGUCCACUUCAACUCCACCCUCAUGGCGCUCAUCAGGACGGCGCUGGAUAUCAAGAUUGCCAAAGGCGGUGCAGACAAGCAGCAAAUGGACGCUGAGCUACGUAAGGAGAUGAUGGCCAUUUGGCCCAACCUGUCGCAGAAGACACUGGACCUGUUGGUCACACCUCACAAGGCCACAGACUUGACGGUGGGCAAAAUCUACGCUGCCAUGAUGAUCAUGGAAUACUACCGGCAGAGCAAGACCAAAAAACUGCAGGCCAUGCGGGAGGAACAGGAUGAGGUGGGAUCUCCUUAUUUGAACCGACCACCAUUAAUGUUUCAGCGCAUGGAGGCUCCACCAGAGGGCGACGGUACGGACGGGCUAGGGGGGCCCGAACUUAGCAGCCUUCCUGGUACCCAGCCCGACAAUGUCAACAGCAUACCUUCCGAAAGUGGCGGCAUGACCGAAAGCCAAUCGUGGAUGACCACCAAAGCCCAGGAGAUGUUCCAAAAGACGGGUAAUUGGAGCACCGACAGGCCGUACCCCGACGACCUCCAUGACAACCCGCAGACCAUCACGGACACCAGUCCCAUGCGACGCUCCACCUCCAGCCUGGUCCACGGGCGUUCGGGUCGGGGCGUCAGGCUGGACGACUACCCCCUGGAGAGGGUGGUGUCUGAGGAGGGUCGGCACGGCAGUGGCGGGGGGCGCCGACACAGGGACCGAAGCCACCGCACCUCACAGCGAUCCCUCACCAGAUACACUGACGCAGACACAGGCCUGGGCACAGACCUGAGCACCACCACGCAGUCGGGCGACCUGCACCCCAAGGAGCGCGAGCGCGACCGGGGCAGGACCAAGGACCGGCGCCACCACCACCACCACCACCACGGCUCCACAGACAAAGAGCGCUACGAUCGACAUGACCUAACCCACAGACACUCACACGACAGACACUGGUCACGUUCACCCAGUGAGGGUCCGGACGGACGGGGCCACAGACAGGGCAGUAGUUCGGUGAGCGGCAGCCCCGUUCCCUCGACCUCGGGGACCAGCACGCCGCGGAGAGGCCGUCGCCAGCUGCCCCAGACCCCCGCCGUACCCCGUCCUCAUGUCACCUACUCCCCUGCCGUCCGCAAGCCCAGCUACGGUCCCCUGGGGCCAGGCCGCCUGCACUCGCCUUCCCCACGACACUUCUCCCCGCCAGACCUCGACAGGAGCUACCACCACCGGCCACCAUCCCGUCAAGCCUCUCCCCACCACGGGGGCUCUUCGUCCAGGCACGUGUCGCCCCUCUCCCCAAGGCACGGUUCACCCCGCUCCCCAAGGCACGGUUCACCCCGCUCCCCAAGGCACGGGUCUCCCCGCUCCCCAAGGCACGGGUCUCCCCGCUCCCCAAGGCACCAGUCCCCCCGCUCGCCCAUUCACGGUUCACCGCGGUCCCCGCACAGAGGCCGCUGGAACGGACCGCCGCUGGAGGAGAGUCUGGAGGGCGACGGGCCCUUCUAUGAGCGUGAUUUCGAGUAUGAGCGGCACCACGAGCCCCCUGCGUAUGAGCAAAGCCUUUCCCAUGGCAACCCCCACACUCAUGCGGGAAACCCGCACCCCCGCUCGCCUAGGACUGCCCGCCACGGGCCCCCUCCACCGCCCCCUCAUCCGCAUCCCCGCCGGGUGCCCAACGGCUACCGCUCGUCCUCGCCUUCUCCACAUCGAAGGGGGCCACCUGGGGGACCUCACCCACACCACCGGCCUCCUCAUGCCCGCGGACCCCGCAAAGGCCUGCAUGAACCUUACAGCGAGACAGACGAGGAUGACUGGUGCUAGCGACUGGAUUACGGCAGAAAUGAUAGGAGAAGAACCGCAACCUCCAGGGUUCUGGCCUUGCAUCUGCAGACUUGAUGGGGAGCUGGGUGGGGGGUCUGGACAUCCUCCCGAGGACCCUGCCUUCAGCGCCUGAACUCUGUGAGUGAGACUGCAGGCAGAGACCAGGCGGGCGAUGGUGCUCCAAAUAGACUGACAAACAGAAGAUGGCCAAGGCUACCUGGGCUAUGCUUCCCAGAAUCUGCUGCUGGGAAGCCGAGCUGCCCGCGGUAACGUGGAGCAUGUGGUUUUAACAAAGUGUCCUGACAAAUGGUUGGGGUUUCUGAGGCCAAAACUGCUCCUUGUGAUAGGCUGAGUCCUUCUUCUUCUUCUUCUUCAGGUUACUCGCUGGCCAGUCUGCUUCUUGGAACUCUCCAAGCGGGUUCUGCUGCUUCCACUCACAUUUUUAAGGGACAUGAGUUCGUAAAAAGUCAGACCCUCUUCCCAAUCAGACCCUUACAUGCCAAGCUUUGCCUGCAGGAAAAAUCACACUCAAGAACAAAACUUUUGCCUGAGGAGAGAAAAAGGGAGGAAAACCACUUGAUCUUGAACUUUUUUUCCAAGGAUAGAACAAGGAAGCUCUGCCUGUUCUGCAAAAAACAGCCAAUCCCAGUGCUGGCUGAUAUUUGAUGAGUUUUAUCAUCUCUGUUUACUGUUACAGACUCUCCGUGCUGGUAUGACAUCAAUUCCUGUACGGUGGGGUGCAUGCUCAGCUCUGUGUAAGCCCCACCCAAGCGUAGCCUGACAGGAAGUGAAAUCACGCAGUGGAAAGGGUGUAGAAGAGGAUAGAAAUGAUAGACUAAUUUCUUCAGUAUAUUUCUUCUCUUGUUUACUUCUUGUUGUUCUUCUUGGACAUUGGAAGCUCUUCUGUUUUCAUUCACUCCUUUGAGCCUUUUUGGAUGGAAACCUGCAUGUUUGAAUCAACACAUAGUAGAGAGGAAACUGAACCCCAUGUUUUGGGACUUUGGGGUUGUGGAGCUUUACAUUUACGUUUACAAAACGAAGUUCUCUUCUCUCUUAGACUCUUUCUCUCUUUGACGGUUGCUUACCUCCUGAAAGAGAAGCAGCUUUUGUGGUCAGGUUUUUAAUGGGGGUUGACCAGGGUGGGUUCUGGGAUUUUGGGGGGCACGCCAAGAGAGAGACAGAGCAGAGGGAAGCGAACUUCUGCCACCUAGUAUUUAGUAUUGUUCAUGAUGAUAGUCUUGAUAAAAAUGUCCAUGCAGAAUGACAAUGAUGUUGAUGAUUGUUAGCGCUGUUGCUGUAGAGUUGUUGUCACGUUCUUUGUUAUCCCUUCAAUUAUGCCAAGUCCAUCUUGUUUACAUCUCUGGCUUACGUCGAUGAUCCCUGGUCCCGAGAAGGCGAUGUUUCAGGCUGGCUAAAGGGGGAAGUCAGGGAGUUCUUUUGGUUCUCGUCUUACCAAAACCCAAAUGGUUAUAAAAUACGUUAAUCGGUUGGCGAUGAGGCUCUCAUCCCUCUUUUUUUUGUAGCGUUGUCGGAGAACUGAGCAGCACAACCGCCCGAUUUAGACCUCCCCUUUGGUCCCUUCCCCCUGUAAAGUCACGUCACACCACUUCUGUGCCAUCGGUGACCUCCUCUGCCCAAGCCCUCCACUCAGGUCUGGACUGGGUACCAGGUACUGUAGCACAGCCGAGUCCUCCUCUGCCAAAAUCCGGCAUCAGUAUUCAACAGCCUGGUUUCGUCUCCACUCGGCUUUCAUUCAGACUAACCUUAGACAAGGUGUUACGGGACCCCUUUCUUUUGGUCCUCGUUUUUAUGAAAUAUUCUAGACUUAGAUAAUCGACUCCUAUAGAUGAGCUCCUGAAUAUAGAUAUAACUGUAGCCGUAGUUCUCGAUAGCUUUUUGAUUCGGUUGCCACUCUUGAACUUGCACUCUUGAAGAUCCUAGAUCUCCCCCAAAACCAUAGUCCACAUCUUUUGACUCUAUGCAGACCUCAUGAGCGUCCUUAUGGUUUCCGCAGGAGCUGUAAGGCCCAGAUCUCUGAUGGAAGCCGACAAACGGGUGACGGUCGGAACCACUUGCACACUUGCGCAAUGCGAGACCCCCUGCAUGUGUCGCCCCCACCCUCUCCGCACCACGUGUCACCUCCAGCGCCUAUGAGUAGAGCACAGACUUGUUAGUUUUUUUGAGGUUGUUGUUUGGCAGAAAGUGAAAGGGCACAAACUGGAAGCCCGUCUGCAGUUACUUAACCCAGAAACCCGGACCCCGACAGAGCCGCAGUGCCUUCUGUAUCGAGUCACAUUAGUCCAACGCCUCCCAGCCCGCUACCGUCGGCUGUAUUCGAAAAGGUCAAAAACAUUGCGCCUUAAAAGUCCCUCUGGCUCCUUUGCGGUGGUCUCGACACAGGGCCCACGAGGGGGUGACACUGACAUCGCUCAAAAUGGAACCCAAAGGUACCAUCCUGUAGGUAUCCAGGGCAGGGGAAUCACCCAGUGACUUUCGGCCCCUUCAGGCCAAUGCUGCAAAUUGAAAAUACAAGGAUUUCCCCAUCCCCUGCGAAAAUCUGCAAAUAAUUAACCCCCUCGCCCAAAAAAAAAGGUUUAUAAUUUCCUAUGGAUGCCACAAGAUGGCAACACUUUUCUAUUACAAAGGGCUUUGGCCUGUCUAAUAGAAGCUCCUCCCCUCACGUCAACAUAGUUCCUUGACACCAAUAUACCAUGGCGCCGAAGCACUGCUUUUAUAUUAAACAAGGCUUUGCCCUGAGCACAGAAACAGCAAAUGGGCGAGUUUUUCCGUAAAGAACCGAGGAUAGGUUCCCCCAAAAUUUGCAAAUAGGUGAAUUUGCGAGAAACGAAUCGCGACUAUACUGGGGAGCACUGUUUUCUCACAAGAUUACCACUUGUCAUCUCAACAAAAUCUCUCUUUGUUCUUGUAACAAUAGCAUUUUUUUCUUGAAAAAAAUAUGACUUUAUUGUAAAAACGUUACAACUUUUUUUCUCCCAAAAAUAUUCAUUUAGCGUAACGUGAUGAUUUUUUUUCUGGAAAAUAGGCAACUUUUUAAUUCCUAUAGGGGCACACAUUGUACCUUGGUACCUUGAUUUGCAAAUUUAAUCAAUUCACUACAACAAUCUCAAAUUGUGAGUGAGACACGGUAUCCCGGAAGGAUUUUGUGGCGGUAAAUCUAAAUCCUGCUCGUACCUCAAAUUUUGGCUUGUAACACAGCAGUCGAUAUAACCGAACGAUAGUACACGUGUAAACUGAUCAUAAAAUAAAGAAAACUAAUCUCUCUCUCUCUGGCCCAACCGCACCUGAAGAAAAACAACCAAUCAGAGACAGAAGGCGUGACUGACGAGGUGCCAAUCAUUUAUGGUGGCACUUUCAGCCACACCAAUAGCGGGCACACCCUCGGUGCUUCAGUAAAAGUAAGGCGUUGGCCCCCCAAAAAACAAUCAAGUAAGUCAAGGUACCACUGUACAGAAGUUAUAUUUAGUUGGCGUUCGGAUUACAUGGGGGUCAUUGAAAAAAGUUGUCCCCCGUAAGGGCUCUCUGGGCCCAACAAGGUUGAUAAGCCCUGCUUGAAGCGUCUCCUUCGUUUGCGUUGCGGUCAUUGGAUUGGCACGGCAUUGCGGGUCAGCGGCGUGUGGACAAACAUGCAACUCAAGGGCUCUCUUUGCAAAACAUCACGUGGGUUUUCUUGUACAGCUUCAGUGCUGCCAAAAGUCAUGCUUACGUAUGUAGCUCAAGCCGCACAUGGCGCUGGUUCCCACCCCCCCUCCCCCGCCAUGUACAGCCCUAGGAGAGCGGUUAUUGGUGUGUGUCUUGGGGGCGGUGGGUGUUUAAAGGGCGUUAGUGGCGGUAUCAGCAGUAAUUUCACAUAAAAAGGCACUGGACCAUCAUGUCACAUCAUGCUAUGAAGUCAUAACCACAUGAUGUCAUCACGCAGUGUCAUCAUCACCAUGACGUCCCAGCCACAGGAAGGCAUUCACUUUGUGUGUGCGUGAGAGAGAGAUAUUUGAACAGCUGUUUGUCAUGAUUGUUGUUUUAUUUAACAAUAAUAAUAAAAAAAUGAUUUGGAGCCUCCUGAUGGUGCAGUAAAGACAGUAGUAAAAAGCAUACAUCAGUACUAGAGCGUUUUUUAACAUUACAGUAUUAUCGAAAGGCCAUACAUUUUUAUUUUUUUUAAUUGGGAAAAAAGUAAGUCUAGUAAUUUUCUUAGCAAUAUAUUUUUAGAUAUAUUUGUGAAUGUAUUUUUGUUAUCUUAAAUUUUUUUUUAAGUAUAUUUGUGAAUUCGUGUGAGAAUUUAGUUGUGGUUUAUUUUUACAAUGAUUUAUUUUUAAAUAUAUUUAAUUGGGAAUUUGUUUGAAUAUUUCAUCAAUUCGUUUUAAAUAUAAAUGGAUUUUCAUUAUUCAUCAAUUACUUUUACAUAGAUUUGUGAAUUUUUUUUCCAUUUUAUUUUUUCCUCAUCAUUCAUUUGGGAUUUUUUAUUUUCCAAAUGGCCUAAAAAUUAAAGCAGUAACUAAUUGGCCUUUAUUUUUAAUUAGGCACAUGAUGUCAUUUGUGGCACUCCAAAACAACAAACAAAUGACAUUGGUGAUGUUAAAAAACUAACCGUGUGUGCGUCUGUCCUAUCAACCCACUCAACCUCUCAUUGUCCACGUCGACUCUGUAAAUUAUGUACACUUUGAAGCAUAAAAGUUUGUCAAUGGAAAUGUCUGUCUGUCCUCGUCUUGCCUCUCACCCAACUUUUAAAAAUCCCGCUUCACACAGAUGCAGUACCCUCAAUGAUCACACGGUGGUGGUAUUUAGCUGCGGUUUUGAUGUAAAGUUGUGGACGUCAGGACAAUUGAAUUCUUCCAUCCAUUCAUUUUCCCAUACCGCUUAUACCCACGAGGGUCGCGGGCGUGCUGGAGCCUCUCCCAGCUAACUCUGGACGAGAGGCGGGGUACACCCUGAACUGGUCAAACAAUUGGAUAAAUUACGGGUUUGAAAGGGCAGUUUGCAGUGUUAAAGCACCAGUUUCUGACCCAAAAAAAAAACUGUCAAAACAAAACAGUGACUUUGAAGCUAAUAUGUUUGGCUUUUGUGACACCUCAAACUGUUAAACAACAAAAACAAGACCAAGAAUAGACUUUUGAUGGUAAAAUAAUUUAUUUACAGACAUACAACUAAGAAACGCGUUGACUCAUCGCAUGACUGAAGCUGAACGUCAGUGUUUUUUUUUUUUUUUAUUUAACAUGGCGUUCACAGCUCCAAUAUUUGCCCUUGUUUUGUCUGGGGAGUGUGUCACAUCCUUUCUUUUUAAGGUGUCCUGCCAUCAAAAAAAAGAUUUUUUUUAAAUCCACAGUGUUAGGCAUAACAUCGGCCAAAAUGAGUCUGUGUCCUCGUUUAUCCAAACCUACCUCCUCCGGCUGGAGUUUCAACUCAGGCCUGCUGUGCUCAAGAGCAGCACGCUAGCACAUGGCUAAUUUAACAUUUUUAAAAUAUAUUUUAAAUACAUUUGAAAAAUAAAAUUAGCCGUAUGCUACCGGGGCUCACGGCACCACCCCGUUGCAUCCAAUAUCCGUUAAUUCAAGCUUCCACUGUAUAUAAAAGCAUACAUGUGUUGUGGUUUACGACAAUGCUUAACUAUAUUUGUAAUGUUGAAUGUAACUGAGGAUUAAAUAGCAAAGCUUUUUUGGUCAUUGAUGCCAAAAUGUGCGCAAGAUGAACAACGCAAGCCAGUUCGUUAAAGUAACUGAAUGGGACUCGCUUUUAAAAUAUCCUCUCUUUUACUUCACCCACGUGACACGUCCCCUCUGUGGGACUGUGAGUAGUGGGCGAAUAAUUCAACGCUUGGUGAAUUCUGCUUCACGACGAUAGUAAGACCCCACGUGAGCCAAAUGCGAGGAGAUAUGGCCAACCGGACAAUCAGAGCGAAGCUGUUUUCCUUGUCACAUAUUAAUAAGAAAUAUGGCCAUCUGUACUGCCAGGCAAAAAAAGACCGAGCUUGGGUUGGAAAAGGACAUUCUGGGCAUUUUCAACCCAAUUUAUCUUGCAAACCUGAUGAGAGGCCGUCAAAGAAUAUAUGAAUAAAAAUAUGGUGGAACCGAUGUUGCUUACCGGAUGUGUAUAUUAUACCAUAGUUUUAGCAAAGCACCUGAAGCCCAAGGAAACUGGUCAGUGCAAGACUGUGACUGCUGUGAGUGCCCGAGAAUGAUUGACACCUCGCCUUCUGUUUAUGAUUGGUUGUUUGUCCUCCGGUGCGGUAGUUUCUUACAAAUUAAAAUCAAAUUAGAGGUACAAGAUAGGCCAAGAGAGGCUUGAUUUUUUUGUAUUUUUUUAUUAUUAUUUAUUUAUUAAUGUUAUUCUUUCUCUCUCUCUCUCUCUCUCUCUCUCUCUCUGUACUACUGCUAGGUCAAACUAAGACUUUUAACAAAAAUGACAAAAAGUAUUUUUUGUGGGGGGAAAUUGCAAACUCACCCUUUAACCUCUCUAUGCCCAAAGUGCACAGGUCACUUAACCAUAAAAAUAAACCAAAAUAUGAUUUAUAUAUAUAUAUAUAUAUAUAUAUAUAUAUAUAUAUAUAUAUAUAUAAAAAAUAGGUUUUCAAUUUUUUUUUAAUC